CGAGGUGUCCGGCGCACAUUAAGUUCAGUUUAAUAGCAACAGUCGAACAGUUCAGUUCUAAUAGAAAGCUCGAAUAGUGGACAUCUCCAGAGAUCCUCGAAGUGUAUAGUGAUAGUAAUACUGGUGUUUUCUUUUAAGAUAGUACCAUCCGGCGUUCGUAAUAGUUGUGAGUCGUGUCGAAGGGGCUCACAUUUAUGGUCCUUCGAGCCGGAUAGUUAUAGUCGAGCCGGCAUUCGUGUUAGUUCGUGAAGUGACCUUACAUAUAUGGUCCUUCGUGCAUCCGGAUUGGAAGAAAAGAAGAUGCCUGUAACGAGGUCUCAGAAGUCGUACGCAGUAAAAAAGACUUCGGAAGAGUCAUCUGCAGUCUCCAUGGUGAAGUCUGCAGAUGCAACGGAGUACGCAUCGGCAUCGGGUGCAACCACAGGAGGUACACCAGGUCCACAACCGCCGUCAGAGCCGACGACGGAGACGCUGUCCCCUCCAUUGUUGCCACCCUGCCCUAUAGUAGUCGCCGGUGUCACAACUGCCGUUGCCCCCACCACCGUUGUCACCACUGCAUUAGAAGGAAGUGUCUACGAGUCUAGAUCGUCGAAGAACGGAACUUCACAUCCACCAAGUUCAUCGCGCCACAUUGAUUCUCGUGCGCGGCGCAGAGAAUUACAGGCCCGCUUGGAACUUCUUGAGCGACAAAAGGAGAUGGCUAAAGCUAAAGCUCUGGUGGCCAUAGUUGCAGCUAAAGCUAAAGCUGAGGAAGCUGAAUUAAAAGCUAAAUUGGCUGAAGACAGGGUCGCCGCACUAGAAGAAGAGAUAAAACAAGCACGGGUUCGGAGAAGAACACUCGCACGCGCACCGCAAGACGUCACCACGUGCCAAGUCCCGCCUGAACCUGCGGGAAAUGUCGUCGUCAGCCAACCUGUGGUGGAUGUCUUGCCCUGCCUUCUCCUGCCUGAACCUGCGGAAGAAGUCGCAGGUUACCAAGUGCAUGUCCCGCCUGAACCUGCGGAAGAAAUCAUCGCCAGUGAAAACCGGCGGGAGCCACAGCGGAGUCAACCGCUGCAGAUUUAUAAAGAGGCUCCUGUGGAAUGUGCGACAACAACGGAACAGGAAGAAUUCAAAAUCACGGAGUUUGAAGACGGUCCUGCUUGCAACUUCAUCGUGUCAGCUACUGCUGAACCAGUCAGUGUCGAGAGUGAGGGUCCAACAUCGCCGCCCCCAGCUGAAGUUGACGGAGCACUCACGCCAUCCAUAGACACGAACAAAGAUCGUAGUCUAGAGAAUCGUAGGAUGAGUGUGAGUGCCAUAAAAAUGGUUCAUCUCCCUACAGAAUUCGAUAGUCCGACAGAUAGUGGGAUAGAUCGGCAUGCGCUGCCGUUUCUGGCGGACAAACUCAAUGGUAUACCGGCGGGAGAGACCGAACUGCUGCGGAAAGUAGUGUCCAACAGCAAGUGUGACUUGGCAGUUAGAAGACUGGAUCUCAUAGACAAGAGAUUAACGGACAAGUAUUGGGCACGAUGGAUGGAGAAGUAUGUGCGAGAUUCUCAGCAGCAAGGAGACGUCAUGAAUCCUGCGGGCGCCUACCAUGGAGAUGACCGAGGAGCUGCCCAUCGACGAAGAUGUCGCGACCUGGAUAGUUCAGCUACAAGAGCUGCGGCGGGAGUAAUGUUCGCGACAAUCGAUAGAUAGAGUAGAUAACUCGCGAAGGUUCUGGAACAUUCUAUCACUUUCCAGUAGUUUCGAUAAAGUUCUAGAAGGAUUAGUAUGGAUUCAAUAGAUCUACAAUAGUCUGGAAGCUUCUAGAUUAUUCUAGAACAAUGGUUAGGGAAUGUUCCACAACGUCCGCGAACUUUCUAGAUGCUAAGUUAUAGUUAGUAGAUAAGUAUGGAUUGUUCUACCUAUUUAGUAAUAAUAAUAAUAAAUAGUGUGACCUCGGGUAUCUCUGGAACUUUCGGGAAGAUCGCUCGCCGGCCUAUAUAAAGCGAGGUGUCCGGCGCACAUUAAGUUCAGUUUAAUAGCAACAGUCGAACAGUUCAGUUCUAAUAGAAAGCUCGAAUAGUGGACAUCUCCAGAGAUCCUCGAAGUGUAUAGUGAUAGUAAUACUGGUGUUUUCUUUUAAGAUAGUACCAUCCGGCGUUCGUAAUAGUUGUGAGUCGUCGUCGAAGGGGCUCACACAUAGUACCUAGCUUUUUUUUUUAAUUAUAAAAAUAUAUAUAUAUAUAUAUAUAUUUCUCAUUAUUAGAUUUAUAUACUUAUACUUAUAUAUAUUUAGAUUGAUUAGAUUAAGUACCUAUAUUUAUAUUUCUUUGCAUCU